GCGAAUUUGGAUCCUUGAACCAUGAGUGGAUGCCCCUUUGCAGGGAAAAAUUACCUAUUUGAUUUUAACAAGCUCUCUUUGGAAGACAAAAAAGAUGACAAAUCACAAGAAGGAAUAAAUAAAGCCAGCAAAGGUGGACUUGUCUAUGGAGACUACCUACAACUGAACAAAAUACUGAAUGCUCAAGAACUUCAGAGUGAGAAGAAAGGAAAGAAAAUCCAUGAUGAACAUCUUUUCAUUGUGACACAUCAAGCUUAUGAACUUUGGUUUAAGCAGAUUCUAUGGGAAAUGGACUCUGUGCGUGUGAUCUUUCAGAAUGGCCAUGUAAGGGAUGAGAGGAACAUGCUGAAGGUUAUUACUCGAAUCAAUCGAAUUUCGAUGAUUCUGAAAUUACUUGUGGAACAAUUCUCGGUUUUGGAAACUAUGACUGCAUUGGACUUCUUUGAAUUCAGGUACUACCUAAGCCCAGCCUCAGGUUUCCAGAGCCUGCAGUUUCGCUUGCUAGAGAAUAAAAUUGGUGUUCCCCAAAGUCUGAGAGUCCCCUAUAACAGAAGACAUUACCGUGAUAACUUCAAAGGUCAGGAUUAUGAACUACUGCUUCAAUCAGAGCAAGAACCAACACUACUGCAACUUGUCGAGGCAUGGCUGGAAAGAACCCCGGGACUUGAUGAAGAUGGAUUUGAUUUCUGGGGACAAUUUGAAGUGAAUGUUCUAAAAGGCCUAGAAGAGGAAUUUGCCUUGGUGCAGGCCAAACCGGAAUCAGAAGAAAAAGAUGACUUAUUAUCUGAAUUCCAAAAACAGAAAGAGGUAUUACUUUCGUUAUUUGAUGAAAAACGCCACAACCACCUGCUUAGUAAAGGAGAAAGACGACUGUCUUACAAAGCACUGAAAGGUGCCUUAAUGAUCUACUUCUACAGGGAGGAGCCUCGUUUUCAGGUUCCCUUUCAGCUUCUUACCUCCCUUAUGGAUAUUGAUGUGCUCAUGACCAAGUGGAGAUAUAACCACGUCUGCAUGGUGCACAGAAUGAUUGGCAGCAAGGCUGGCACCGGAGGCUCAUCAGGCUACCAGUAUUUGCGCUCAACAGUGAGUGACAGAUACAAGGUGUUUGUGGACUUGUUUAAUCUUUCAACGUUUCUAGUGCCAAGACACUGGAUACCAAAGAUGAACCCAAGCAUUCAUAAAUUCCUCUACACAGCUGAAUACUGCGACAGCUCCUACUUCAGCAGCGAGGACUCGGACUAACCUGCCUUUCCAGACUGGGUGCUGGAAAGAACCUGAGGACCUUCACCUCGAGUGGUGCUGUCCCUCAGUUAUAACAUCUAUUCUCACCAAGUAUGGGGGUGUAAAUUUGUAUUUAUGUAUGCCAGCUAUGUGGACAGUAUUAUUGGCCUGGGGAAGAAACUUAACUGCAGAAAUAAUAACCAGUAUUUGGCCUGUAUUAAUAUGAAGAUGAUACCUCAAUU